CGCCUGCGCGGCCGCCCUAGCUAUCAUGGCGGCUCCCUUGGCCCUGGUGCUGGUAGUGGCAGUGACCGUGCGGGCGGCCUUGUUCCGCUCCAGUCUGGCCGAGUUUAUCUCGGAGCGGGUGGAGGUGGUGUCCCCACUGAGCUCUUGGAAGAGAGUGGUUGAAGGCCUCUCACUGUUGGACUUGGGAGUGUCUCCGUAUUCUGGAGCAGUAUUUCAUGAAACUCCAUUAAUAAUAUACCUCUUUCAUUUCCUGAUUGACUAUGCUGAAUUGGUAUUUAUGAUAACUGAUGCACUCACUGCCAUUGCCCUGUAUUUUGCAAUCCAGGACUUCAAUAAAGUUGUGUUUAAAAAGCAGAAACUCCUCCUAGAACUAGACCAGUAUGCCCCAGAUGUGGCCGAACUCAUCCGAACCCCUAUGGAAAUGCGUUACAUCCCUCUGAAAGUGGCCCUCUUCUAUCUCUUAAAUCCCUACACGGUCUUGUCUUGUGUUGCCAAGUCUACCUGCGCCAUCAACAACACCCUCAUUGCUUUCUUCAUUUUGACCACGAUAAAAGGUAGUGCCUUCCUCAGUGCUAUCUUUCUUGCCUUAGCAACAUACCAGUCUCUUUACCCACUCACCUUGUUUGUCCCAGGACUCCUCUAUCUCCUCCAGCGGCAAUACAUACCCGUGAAAGUGAAGAGCAAAGCCUUCUGGAUCUUCUCUUGGGAGUAUGCUACGAUGUACUUGGGAAGCCUGGUGGUAAUUGUUUGCCUCUCCUUCUUCCUUCUCAGUUCCUGGGAUUUCAUCCCUGCAGUCUAUGGCUUCAUACUUUCCGUUCCAGAUCUUACUCCAAACAUUGGCCUCUUCUGGUACUUCUUUGCAGAGAUGUUUGAGCACUUCAGCCUCUUCUUCGUAUGUGUGUUUCAGAUCAACGUCUUCUUCUACACCAUCCCCUUAGCCAUAAAGCUAAAGGAGCACCCUAUCUUCUUCAUGUUCAUCCAGAUUGCCAUCAUCUCCAUCUUCAAGUCCUACCCGACAGUGGGGGAUGUGGCCCUCUACAUGGCCUUCUUCCCUGUGUGGAACCAUCUCUACAGAUUCCUGCGAAACGUAUUUGUCCUCGCCUGCAUCAUCAUCAUCUGCUCCCUCCUCUUCCCUGUCCUGUGGCACCUCUGGAUUUAUGCAGGAAGUGCCAACUCCAAUUUCUUUUAUGCCAUCACACUGACCUUCAACGUUGGGCAGGUCAUUGGAGGAGGCAAGAACCAAGUUCAGAAGAAGACUCAGUUCCUGAGGCCACCCUCUUUCUGUAAUCGCCUGAGCUGCGCGGCCCCUGGAGUGGCUGCAGCGUGCGAGGGCUGGGGGGGUGGGGACAGGCAAAGGGGAGGAGAGACUUUCCAGACUUCACAGCAGCGGGAGCAAAGGCAGAGAGAUGAGGAAUAGUUUGGUCCAGCUGCUGGGCGCGUCUGGAGCAGAAACUGUGCAGCUGGGAGUAGCAGGAGAGGAGGCUGAGCGGGUCCCAGAAUGAGAAGUACCAGCAAGGAGCUCCGACCUUCCUCUGGUCCAGGGAGAGCCUCUCCCCUGGUGCCAUAGAACAGUGGUUCUCAGCAUCAGAAUCACAGGGGGUAGCUUGUUAAAAAAUGUGGAUUCUGUUAAUAUGUUUUAAAUCCUGUGCUUAUGUUACGACUGUCACAAUCACGUGGCUUUGUUAAAAAAAAAAAAGCAGAUUCCCUGAUCCUGCUCCCAGACGCGAUGAUUGGAAUUUGUGUUUUUAACAAGCUCUCCAGAGAUUCUGUUGCAGGUGGUUUAGCAAACUUCCCUGAAGUCCCCUCAUCCACUGUGCUGCGUUCCCUCAUGUCAGCUCUGUCCUAAUUGUUGAGUCAAGGUCUUAUGAGAAUCACUUGUACCGUUUACCAUUUCAAUUGUCAUUGGCACAGCCUGGCAUUUCCUGUGCAUAAUGGACGGGAUGGGAAGCAAGGCUCGCCUGAAAGACCAGUGAUGCCAGUGAAUAAUCCCCAGGGAGAUGCUUGCCUCCAAGGUUAGCUGCUGGGAAAGAAGAAGGGAGUUAGGGCUCUUGCAGUGACUGAUGGGUCUGGUAUUUCCUGCAUGGACAUUUCUGGACAACUAAUGUCCAGUCCAGCUAUUUAUCUUGGUUUGUGUACAGCAGAAAGAAAGAUGCAGGAGGGCCCUGUAGCCUGGAUAGGACCAGGCCAGGGGGUCUGUUCUGCUGUCACACACACAGGUUACUGAUGGCGGAUGCUCAGCCCUUCCUACCUGUGUCCACGCAAACAGAAAUCUGCAGGGUGCAACUUAGUACCUUGAAUAAAUCCAAAAGGUUGUUCUGGCUCUUCUCUCUUGCUGAAAUCCCCUUACUUUUCCUUUGAAAGUGAUGACUGGCAUGUGAGGGCAUUGGGCCUACCCUGGGCCUCUGGGGAGCUUGGCGAGCUCCACUGAAAUAGUCCACACAGCUUGCUGUCAGGUCAUGAGUGUUGAGUGUGGGUCAGGAGUACAAGUUGCAGUGAUUAUGAAGUAUCCAUGGAACUUGCCAGAUAACAGCUUUUUCCCUAGGGCUGCCUUUAUGAGAAAAGGCUCUCUGAAAUUGGCAUGGGAGAUGUUUGCAAGUUGUCAGGUGCCAUCAAAGGCAGGAGAAAAAAAAAAGGCAGGAGAAA